UGGCCUGGGGCUUAGUACUCCGCCGCGUUUCAGUCACUCCUUCCUCGUAUUCGCAGGCGCCGACAAUAUCACUGCCACGGCUCGCGCCUAAUACAACUGGACAGCCGUCGUCGAAUGCUGUGGACUUCACACUACCCUCUGAACACUCUUUUACGAGAAUGCCAUGGCUACAUCGGCCGUCCUCCUCCCUAGCGCAGUAAUGAAUCCUUCAUUCUCGAACCCGACCUCGAACGAGGUAUACGCCUCCGCCGCCGCACUCGCCGCAUCCUCCUGCCCAUCAUGCGGCUACCAUUUCCCUCAAUCGUCCGAUCCCUCCACCGAAGCCGCGGAAGCGCAUCGCCGCGUUGUCGACCUGGAAGCGCAGGUCAGGCUGCUCAACAGUAAAGCCGCCUCCGCAGUAGAUAAACUAGCCGACUACGAAGAUGAGAUACGGUAUCUGCGCGAAGGGUACGCGCGGUCACAGCAGCAGCAGCAAGCGCAAAGGCCGUCUCUCGAAGGACCGGGACCUGCAGUGCUGCCUGGCCAGCAACAACAGCAACAACCACCCCACCAAUUGUCCAGACUCGCCAGUCUGAGCGCCUUACUACCCGGACGUCGGAAAGAAUCCAAUAGUUCUGGACAACUCCCCCUGACGCCUGCGACGGGGACAUUUCCUCAAAACAGCGCUGCCUAUGGCAACAACACGCUGUCACCGCCCAAGACUCCGUUCUCUGGGUUACUUCAAUUGGGUCAAACGCAGUCAGAUAUGCAUGUGCCUACACUUUCGUCUCUACAAACGUCUCUCGAAGAGGAGCGGACGCUGAGACUACGCGCCGAGUCGAGUCUAUCAGAUGCACAGACUGAGUUGGAGGACUUGACGGCGCAGUUGUUCGGGCAGGCGAAUGAGAUGGUUGCGACGGAGCGGAGGGAACGAGCGAAGUUGGAGGAGCGGGUGAAAGUUCUGGAGCAGAGGGAUAGCGAGAAAAGAAGGAGAUUGGAAAGAUUGGAGAAGGCGAUUGCGAGGAUUGAAAGGGUUAGAGCCAUGAUUGGGCCUUGAACGAGGGUAUCGGCAUGGUGUAUGGUCACCAUUGAGAUGAAAAGGCGCGAGACAUGGCAUUGCAUCACAUGCGUUCAUCUCUCCAGGAUCAAGCCAGAUGCCUAGGACACUUUUGCUGAGGUGCUGCAAUCAGGUCAAGCACCGUUGUGGACAGGAACGUCCAACAAAAUCCAAAGGGUCGUGGACCAGAAACGAUCCAGCAACGGGUUUACGACACUCUACUGUCCGACGGCUCGAAUUUCACGAGCCAGGAUG